UUCCGAAGGCGGAGACAUGCCGUGGGGAGCCCCCCGGCCCCAGGAUGACCAGGGACCACGGCACUGCCGUCGGCCAUUCACGGGAUAGGACCCCAUCUCGGCCUCGCUGUAAUAGCGAGUUGGGGGGAAGGCGCUCUGGAUGUAGUCCCGCGAUGACUUCUUCCUGAAUUGGACUUUUGUUUCCUUUUACUUCUCUUUUGCUAUUUCACAUUUUGUUUCUUGUCCCAUAGCGAGAGCGGUCGUUGAUUUGGCUGCCGUCCGAUUUGUCCUGAGCCCUCCGCUACCCGAACCCUUGCUACAUUCACAUUCAAGAUGCCGUCGACGGCGAUGUGCAUGAGGACGCUGCGUGCGUACGCCAAGUACGGCCAGAACCAUGCCGCGCUCUUCGCGCGGUCCUUUUCGGCCACGGCCCGCCGCCGCGACAUCAACAAGGUCUACCCCUCCGCCGCCGAGGCGAUCAAGGACAUGAAACCCAAUUCGACUCUCCUAUGCGGGGGGUUCGGGCUGUGCGGCGUACCGGACACUCUAAUUGACGAAGUGCUCAAGAAGCCCGAGCUUAAGGGGAUUACCGCCGUCUCUAACAACGCGGGCACCGACCAAAGCGGCCUCGGCAAGCUUCUACGCACCAAGCAGAUCAGCAAAAUGAUCGCCUCGUACAUCGGCGAGAACAAGACCUUUGAGACCAUGUACCUGACGGGCGAGGUCGAGCUGGAGCUGACACCCCAGGGGACACUUGCUGAGCGCUGCGCGGCCGGCGGCAAGGGCAUCCCGGCUUUCUACACGCCGGCCGCUUUUGGCACGGUCGUCCAGACCGGCGAGUUGCCGCUACGCAACAAGUCUGAUGGCACCCCCGACCAGUUCUCCUACCCCAAGGACGUCAAGGUGUUCAACGGUAAGAGCUACCUGCUGGAGCACUCAAUCGCGGGCGACUACGCCUUCGUCAAGGCCUACAAGGCCGACCGGCUCGGCAACUGCCAGUUCCGUCUCGCUGCCAACAACUUCAACGGCGCCAUGGGGCGCAACGCCAAGAUGACGAUUGUCGAGGCCGAGCAUAUCGUCGAGCCCGGCGAGAUCCCGGCCGAGGCGGUCCACCUACCCGGCAUCUACGUCAAGCGCGUCAUCCAGAGCACGGCCGAGAAGAAUAUCGAGAAGUACACGUGGAGCAAGGACCCCGCCGAGGCCGCCGAGGACCCCAAGGCUUCCGCGCUGCUGGGCACCGGCGACACCAAGGCGAAGCGCGAGCGCAUCGUGAAGCGCGCGGCCAAGGAGUUCAAGAACGGCAUGUACGCCAACCUGGGCAUCGGCAUGCCCAUGCUCGCCCCCGGGUUCGUCGGGGAGGACGUCGAGGUGAUGCUGCAGAGCGAGAACGGCAUCCUCGGGCUCGGGCCGUACCCGGCCAAGGGCCAGGAGGACGCGGACCUGAUCAACGCCGGCAAGGAGACGGUCACGCUCAAGCCGGGCGCGUCCGUGUUCGGGUCCGAGGAGAGCUUCGGCAUGAUCCGCAGCGGCCGCAUCAACCUGACCAUCCUGGGCGCCAUGCAGGUCAGUGCCGUGGGCGACCUGGCCAACUGGAUGCUCCCGGGCAAGGUCAAGGGGUUCGGCGGCGCCAUGGACCUGGUCAGCAACCCCAGCGCCACCAAGGUGGUUGUCACGAUGGAGCAUACCGACAAGAAGGGGAAUCCCAAGAUUGUCAAGCAGUGCGCUUUCCCGCUGACGGGCAAGACGUGCGUGUCGAGGAUUAUUACCGAGCUGGGUGUCUUUGACGUCGACUUUGCAAAGGGCCUCACAUUGAUUGAGAUUGCCGAUGGAGUAACGGUUGACGAGAUUAAGGCCAAGACUGAGGCUCCCUUUAAGGUUGCUGAUGAUCUGAAGCCGAUGCUUUAAAGUGCACGGUUUAUGGGGUCAGUAUGAAAGGGGGUUGGAAUAUGGGUGGUUCAAAACAGAUCUGUAUAUAUUGUAGAUACCUUGGGUAAGUGGCUUAGUUCCGGGAAUGAUACUGCGGCGCGUCCGGUCAUGGUUGAAUCAUUCUAUGGUCUAACUACUGGAGUUUGUCCGUACCUCCGUUGAGUAUUGGCUUGCAGACCGCGAAGUUGCCGGUCCAGCUUCAAGUUCCCCAUAU